AUCCAUUCGGAAGUAAACUACUAUUCCCAAUUUUCACUACCUGAACCAGCUACAAUUAUAUGUUCACCCAACUCCGCCAUAUUUGUUCGAAAUUUUGAUCUUUGAUUUUCCUCCGUCUUUGUUUAUCAUUCAAGCAAUUUUCAGCAUACUCUUCCUGCAAUCCAUCUGUCCAUGGAUGAUCCAUAUCGCGAUGAAGAUGGAGAACCAUUGAUGGAUUACGAUGACAUACAAUCUGACGACGACCAGCAACAACAGUUAUCAGUAAACGAAGACCUUCAAGACUUUAAUGAUGACGAAGAAGAAGAUAAUUGGAGCCAUGAACCAAAAACCAAAACUCGAAAGAGAUUAAUCAAGAAGACUGAUGACGAUGAUAUUGCUUCUUCUUUUCCUCCUGAACUAAAUGAUUUUGACGACGUUGAAGCUGACGAGCCAGAGUAUGGAUCGUUUCCAGAGUCAGACGAGGAUCCGAUGCCCGUGUCAAAUAAGAGGAAGGAUAAAGGGAUGAUGAAGGAGGGUGGAGACAUGAGGAGGAAAGAUAAAAAGUUGAGGAAAGAGCAAUCAACAAAACUGAGCUUAAAGAGGAGGAAAGGCGGUGACCGCGAUCCUGAUGAGAAGGAGAUGUGGGAUACUGUUCUUGGUGGUGGUUCUGAGGAUGAUCAAGAAGGGGUGAAGACCUUAGAUGAUGAUAAUUUCAUAGAUGAUAGUGGUGUAGACCCUGCUGACAGAUACACCAGUGAUCGUGAGAUAUCUCCAAGUCGUUUCGCUCAGGCAGAGGAGGGUGAGGAAGAUGACGAAAUUAGGGCUCUUUUCAAGCUAGGAAAGAAGAGGAAGAAAAAUGAGAAAAGUGCAGCAGAAAUUGCUGAGCUGGUAGAGACGCUAAUGGCUGAGCUUGAAGUUGUAGCUGAAGAAGAUGCAGUAUUAAAUACGCAGGGGAAACCAGCCAUUAAUAAGCUCAGGAAGCUGCCUCUUCUUACCGAGGCUCUUUCUAAGAAACAACUUCAACAUGAAUUUCUUGACCAUGGGGUCUUAACGCUAUUAAAAAAUUGGCUCGAGCCGCUUCCUGAUGGAAGCCUGCCCAAUAUCAAUAUACGUGAAGCUAUAUUGAGGAUCUUGACUGAUUUUCCAAUUGAUUUAGACCAAUAUGAUAGAAAAGAACAGCUGAAGAAGAGUGGACUUGGAAAGGUCAUUAUGUUUUUAUCUAGAUCAGAUGAAGAAACAACAUCAAACAGGAAACUUGCAAAGGAUUUGGUUGACAAAUGGAGUCGUCCCAUUUUUAAUAAGAGCACGAGGUUUGAGGAUAUGAGACAUGUGCAGGAAGAAAGGAUUUACAGGAGACCAUCUGUAAAAAAACCAGCAAACAAAGCUUCAGGGAUGGAAUCUAAAGAUGAUGAUCUUGAUUUAAGUGAAUUUUCAUCGGGGAGGAAAUCUAGUGCAUCUGCUUCUAGGCUUCAUGCAUCCAGACCAGAAGCAACUCCUAUGGACUUUACCAUUCGCCCUCAAUCCAAGAUUGACCCCGACGAGGUAAGAGCCCGGGCCAGACUAGUGCAACAGGAUGAACGUCGUAUGAAGAUGAACAAAAAGAUGCAACAAUUGAAGGCUAUGAAAAAGAAGAAGCUUCAAGCUACAAAAGUCAGUGUGGAGGGUCGGGGCAUGGUGAAGUAUUUUUAAUGUAAUAAAUAAAUGUAGAGGGCGCUGGGCAGAGCAGUCUUGUAAAUAUUGAAUCUUGAAUCAAUUCUAUAUUAAAAUAAUUCAAGUGUGCAUUUGUUCA